CCUGUCUUUAUUUUAAUGUAGAUCUUCAAACGGAGAAAUGAAAAAAGGGUUUCAAAAACCAAAAUCGAACCGUUAUUUGAAUUUGGUUUAGUCGUUUUUCGUUUUUAGAUUCAGAAAACAAAAACGGAAGAACGGCUCUUUUUUUAGCGUUUUUUUAAACGACAAACGAAAAACGUGUGGUUUCUCGUUAUUUUGUUUUUUGGUUUAAACAAAAAAACAAACUAUCAAAACGUACACGGACCCUUCAAAUGGAAAAGUACGAAAUAAAACUCGCGCAUCACUUUCAGUGAAGCUCCUCCUACAACAAUCCACCAAUAAAUGCUGGAGUCAAACACACAGAGAAAUCACUCCAUGUGUGACAACUGAAAUCUUCAUGACAUAAUGUUGAUGCUGGUGAAAGAGGAGCUUGAGAAGAUGACAGAUCCACAACCAUGCAGAAUAAAGGAUGAAGAUACUGAGGAACAAAUAGAAAUGAUGGAAGUGAAAGAGGAGAGUCAAACUGAAGUGGAUGAGAAACAUCAGAUUGUAAAAAUAAACCAUAAUGUUUCACAGAAAGAAACUCUGAAGACAGAAGACAUAAAGUCUGAAAAUAGUUCCAGUGAAGAUGAACGCCCUGCAGAUCACAAGAGGACUCACAGUGAGGAGAAACCUUUCACAUGUCAACAGUGUGGCAAGAGUUUCAGAAGAAAAGCUCACCUUAACGCACACAUGAGGAUUCACACUGGAGAGAAACCAUUCACAUGCCAUCACUGUAAAAAGAGUUUUACAACUGCAUCUAACCUUAAGAAACAUUUGAGAAUUCACACUGGAGAGAAACCUUACACUUGUCAAGAGUGUGGAAAGAGUUUCACCUUUCAAACAAGCCUUAAAGUACACAUGAGGAUUCACACCGGAGAGAAACCACAUCUGUGCCAUCACUGUGAAAAGAGUUUUAGAACAGCAAGUAAACUUAAGACACACAUGAUGACUCACACUGGAGAGAAACCUUACACUUGUCAACAGUGUGGAAAGAGUUUCUCUAUUGAAAGAGACCUUAAGAUACACACAAGAAUUCACACUGGAGAGAAACCGUUCACAUGCCAUGAGUGUGAAAAAUGUUUCAGAAGGAAGAGUAUCCUUACAGCACACAUGACAAUUCACAAAGGAGAGAAACCAUAUGCGUGUUUUCAGUGUGAAUGGUGUUUCAGUAUGGAGUGUCAACUUAAGAGACACAUGAUGAUUCACAGCGAAAAGAAACCUCACGCAUGUCUUCAGUGUGAAAAGAGUUUCAUACAAAAGC